CCAUUCCCAGCACUAGCAGCAACUCGAUUGAUCACAUCCUUGCAGCAGCAGCAGGUAACUGUGUACACCGGCGAAGAAGGAGGAGGAGGAGGAGAUCAAUGGCCAAGCCAAGCGCCGCUCCGGUGACCGGCGUCCCCGUCGGCUCCGCCGCCUGGUCCUCCGGCCUCUUCGACUGCUUCGACGACUGCGGCCUAUGCUGCAUGACGUGCUGGUGCCCGUGCAUCACGUUCGGGAGGGUGGCGGAGAUCGUGGACAGGGGCUCGACGUCGUGCGGCGCCAGCGGCGCGCUGUACGCGCUGCUGGCCAUGGUCACCGGCUGCCAGUGCAUCUACUCCUGCACCUACCGGGGCAAGAUGCGCGCACAGUACGGCCUCGCCGACGCCGCCUGCGGCGACUGCUGCGUCCACUGCUGGUGCGAGUCCUGCGCGCUGUGCCAGGAGUACCGGGAGCUCGUCGCCCGCGGCUACGACCCCAAGCUCGGCUGGCACCUCAACGUCGAGCGCGGCGCCGCCGCCGCGCCCGCCGUGCAGCACAUGGGCCGUUAAAUAGCGUCAUCUCUCCUCGUACAUCAUCGAUCGUACUUGGACGUGUGAAGUGGUGUCCAGUUAAAAAAAAAUGUUUUUUUUGGAGCGUACGAUCGAUCGAUCUUACUAGAUCCAUCUUUUUCAAAAUUAAUUAUGAGUUUUUUUAACUUGAUAUCUAUACCUGUAUGUACUCCUGUAAGUUUGUGUAAGUAUAUGGUAUGCAUGGUCAGGUUUUGUUUGUAAUUUCUCUGCACUUAAUCGGUUGUUUGUUGUAUUAA